ACAAGUUAAAAGGACGCACUUUUUUAAAGCCUAAUUUAGGAUGUCGCUUAACACAGCUUACGCAAGUACAAUACCAGCAAUUUUCAAGAUAGUUGAGAUUAUUCUCAAUAUUAUACUAAUCAUUCUUGUUGCUGUUUCUCCUAAUUACGUGAUUCCUGGUCCUGGAGGAUGGUUAUUCUUCGUUGCAAUCUUGACUACAUUGAUUUCAUUGUUUUUCUAUUGUAUUCAUCUAACAAAUGCGAUUUACAAAUUUUCGGGGCCUAUGACACUUAUUGAAUUUAUAUGCAUCGCAAUAUGUUCAGGUUUUCAUUUAAUCGCUAUGAUUGUAUGCGCAUGUACAGUAUCAGGUUAUGGGACAGCAAUUGCUGCAGCUGUAAGUUCUUUAUUUAGUUUGGAUAAAUCAGUGACUUCAGAUUUAUUUUCUAAAACUAUUAUUGGUAAUAAAAAUGUAAAUUACGUUUAUAAAACCUUGAACGAUUAAAAGUAAGUAACUCCAAAGUUUCGUUCAGUGACAUUGUUAUUCGAAUACCUUUGGAUAAUUAUUAGUAAAUAAAAGCAGUCUUCUGUACACUCGGCACACAAAUCACAUGAUACUGUUCCUUCAGAACUAGAUGAAUGUUCUUGUAGAUCUUAUAGAUCUUUCAUGAGUAUGAUCGGUGUCCAAGUCUAUUCUUCUAAAAUGGAUAAUAUUGUUUAUCAAAAGCUCUUAACAGUAUUUGAUAGAAAUACGGUCUAUUUGUGUUCAUAAUUUUGUUGAUGUUAUAGUAGCUCGGUUAGAAAUUAUCUUUACUCAUUCAUAAAGUUUUUACUAUCCGGAAAUCAGUUAUUCUCAGAACAUGUGUUAAAGAGAUAGUCAACAUAAUCUGUUCAUUAGGCUACUUAAUAAAUUGUUUGGCUUUUCAGCAGAACUCCAAUAAGAUCUAACCUAUACUUUCAAAACAGUGCAAUUUUAAUCGAUCGUAGUAAUAAUCUACUGAAAUCAAGUAUUCCAAGAAAUGAACUUUGCGAUUAGCCGUUUUGGUAUUCUAGAGUGAAUAUGAUAAUCCUUUGAUAAGCGGAUCAAUUCACUAUGGUGCCAUAGGUAUCUAUUACCAUAAACAUGCAUCAAAUUAUUGUGAAAUCUAAUGAAUUCAUCAAUUUUGUAUUUCAUGUAUUAUUUAAAUAAGGUGAUCAAGUAAGAUAUAGAAUGUUUAAUACCGUAAUUCGGAAAACUUAUUAUCUAUGCAGUAAAAAUCAUUCGCUUGAAAAAAAAUUGCCGUACAAAGUCUUUUAAGCAUGAUUUCAAACGGCAGCUAAUCAUGGAUUACUCCUUAAUAUAUUUAAUGACCUACAUUAUAGAAAAAUAAAGUGACAAUUAUUGAAGAAGGUUCACAAGAAAAAAUAAUCCUCUCAGCAACAUAAUUUACAAAGAUUACGGUUAUUAAAAUUAUUACAAAUAAUAGUACACAGUAUAAUCAAACGAAUGAAUAUGGAUUCAUUUAAUCAAGUAAUUUACAAAUUAUCAAAUAUACUCACAGUUAUUACACAUAUAAGUUACAUCAUAAUCUCAUAGAUCAUAAGACAUAACAGAAAAGAUGAUUCUCUACAUGACAAAUGUACAAAUACAUGACGAAUAAUAAAAUAACAGUAACUGAUGAUUUAUAAAACUAAAGACAUUAUGACAAAGUAAGAAAUUGAACUGAUGAAUUGUGAUGGUGUCAGACAUUCACAAAUCUCUAAUCAAAACAUUCCUUGUUCACAAUUUGCAAGCAGUCGUGAAUGUUGAUUCAUGUGAUGAGAUAUGAUUACAGUUGACCAUGUAUUCAUGAAUAGAAAUGUUGAUAGACUGAAAUCACAUUUGAAACUGUUAAACAGAGUGGUGAUGUAUGGACAUGAUUUUCAACAAGCAAACUAUUGCAACAAAUAAUACAACCUGUGCCUGGAGAUCAGACAAACUGAUAGUUGUUCACUGAGAUGGUCCAAAUUGGAGAUUCAUUCUACACCUACUUCGUAGAAUGAAACACGUACGUAUUGGUGUAAAUGAUGACUAACUCUAAUCGAUUGAAGGUCUUCCUCAGAGAAUUCAAUAGCCUGUUCCUCAGUAUAUUUUCCUCCGUAUCCUUUUCGAAUUGGAUGUUCACAAACAUAAUUCCGUCGAGAAAUGUGUGGUUACUUUCAGCUUGACAUUUCGACUCUCAGUUACCUACCAUCAUAGAAUCUGUUGUAGAGUGAGUAUGCUUGAAGUUUACCAUAGUGUUGAUGAAAUGUGGUAUAAAUUGAAAUUAACAGACUCACCGUUGAGCCGCACUAUGAAUUCAAUAACAAAAUCUCUACACAUUUCAAAAUGAUGGAAAGAAUAUUGCGUCACAAAUAGAUAUUUAACAUUGUGCAGAAGACUUCGAACUAAACGUAUACUAAAACUUUACAAUUACUGUGAUCGAUCUUAUCACCAAUAACACAGAAACCGGAUAGAAAACGUAUAGUUCAUUCCAUUUAUGAAUUGUGAUAGUGUCAACUAUUUACAAAUCUCCUACUCAAAUUGACAACUUGAAUCUAUGUUGUCCCAUUUCCACAGAUUGAAAUGUCGACUGACAAAUAAAUAGCUUCACCAUUUUUCAUUAUACAACGUUGUUGUUUGCAUGUAUGGGUGUACUCAGGUGUGUUGGAUUAGUCAAAAGUACCGAUUUGAGUUUACAUCAAACUUUACAAUUUAAACAAAUAAUUGAGGAGAUCAAAUUAGCACAAACACUUUAACUGACCAACUAAUUACUAUCGACUACUAAUGUUUUUCCAUUUCUAGGUGAUUUCAUAUUAGAUUUAUUGUUUGUCAGUAUCUAUGAUGUAACGGGAUUGUGUGUUGUGUACUUUAUUAAGCUAACUGAGUACAAUUCAAUCAACACUAAGUAUACAUAAACUGUAUUGAGCUCUAAGGAUUUUAAUGCAAUAUUAUUAGCAUUUUUGUCAGUUCAACAGUUGGUUAAGUACAUAACUGUAAAUUCAAAACUCUAAUCUUCUUUUGGCAUUCGUUAGUUGGCAUUAAUCUGUAAGGUUAUCUUUAACAUGUGCCAACUGAUUUGGAUUAGCCCUAACGUGUUAAGAGGUAUUUAAAAAAGGAUUAUCUAAGCUCAAACAUUCAGGAUAUACGUUUUUCAAACUAAUCCGAAAACAUUAGUAACCUAGUGAAAUAUAAACUCAUUUAUAUCAGUGAUUUAAAUGAAAAAAUUUCCCAUGACCAAGUUAGAAAAGAAAACGAGAAAUUUGAUUCAUUUAUAUAAGCGUGUGUAUAAUAAAUCUUUAUAAUUUCUGUGGUCGAUCUCAUCACUUCGAACGAAGAAAAUAAAUAAAACAUGAUUUAUUUUAUUCUUCUCUGACGAUAAUGCCUCUUGGAAAUUUUUCACCAAGUGUUUUUUAUAUUUUGUCUAACCUAGUCAUUUGUUAUUGAACUUCAUAUAAUUUAUCAAAGUUGGUUAAUAGCUAAUGGUGAAAUCUAUGAUGUCUUUUUCAUCCUUUUUUGGGACUCGUUAUCUAAAUGUAUUCUUAUCCAGUUGUUGAUGUUCACAAUGGGACUAGAGCACAAUAGUUUUUGUUAUAAGCCAUAAUUCUCUAUUCAUAGAUCUGGCUACUGAAACCAAUUAAGUACUAGUUUGUAGUACAGAUAUGAAGUUUAUUCACAACUUCCUAACUAAUAUGAAAUGCGUUUAUCCGAAUUUACCUAAAGAAUAUGUGACCAAAUGACUAUUUCGAGGUAAUUCACCCAUGAUGUACAUAUUGUAAGGUCGCUUUGUAUAUUUUUGUAUGAAAUACAUCCAUUUUUACAUUUCGUGUAAUAAUAACAUUUUUUUCUGACCAUUAAAUAUAGAAUUACCAUUUUUGUUACAUUCAUUCGCUCAUUCCGUCCAAAUAUUUUGACUGUAGACUUAAUUUUUAUUUAUAAAUUUAGUUACAAUUUCAGUUUUUUUCAGUGUAUCACCCUUUUCAUGGAUUUCCUACAGACUGUGUUAAUUAUUUUUUAAAUGACCGCCGUUUUUGGAAUCUGAAAGGUUGAUUCUUUAGAUUUUGAGUUGUUGCUACUUAAGUCGAAUGUAUUGAUCUACCAUUUAAUGAUAGCAGAACUUACCUAAAUUGUUGAAAAUGUUUUUGUGUUUGAUAACUUGAUUGCACAAUUCUUGUACAAGAUUUUCGGUUGUUCAUGUUCGACCAAUUGAAUAGUUUCAUUGUUAAACGGUAGAAUUACAACUCUAGUUUGUCAGGGGCAAAUUUCUUAGUUGAUUAGUAACUACUUUCUAGUCCUCUAACAAAUUAUUUACUUGAUACAUUUUUAAUUUUAAUGUACAAACGUUUUUUUAAAAUACAUCUUUGGGCUGCAUAGGUCAAUAGUGUUAAUAGUACGAAGGUUUUGUGAAAUACACGAUUAUAGACCUUAUGAUUAGAACCUCACUGACCCCAACCAUUGUGUUUGGAUUUACCUUUAGCAUAAGGAAAAUUAUCGAACGUUUUACUAGAGGUUAUACAGAGUCAAAACUACAUCGGUUUAGACAUUACUUAUCAUAUGCCUCUAAUAUCAACUACGGGAAGGCUCAAACUAUUACUUGUAAAAAUGAAAUAAAAUUCAUCACAACUAUACAAACUAGUAGCUUGUUAUUCAACGUCUACAACCAGUAAUCAUGGUUAUUGAGCAGACUUCAACCAGGGAGUCUAGAUUUACCAGAAUGUAUCGGAUCAACAGUCAAUGACUUUAUAGACUGUGAUAAUAUUUUGGUUUAAUCUCUUUAAUCUUUAUUCAAACCUAAUUCUACACUGGUUGACAUGUAAGAAAUGUUGAUUUUUGUUGUUAAAAAAAAC